AUGCUAAUUCCUUCAUCUUCUGCUGCUUCUGAGUGCAAUUUGUCAGCCUUUUCAUAUAUUCAUGACAAAAAACACAAUCAUUUAACCUCAGAACAAGUGUUUAAGUUGGUUUAUAUUUAUAGUAACUAUAAAUUACAGCAGCCACAAAAAUGUUAUAGUAUUGAUAUACAUGAGGAUGAAAAUGAAGAUAAUGAAUUAUCAGAAGUGGAAGGGAAUUUAAAUGAUGAGAUUAGGGAAGGUGAUGUAGAAAGUGAUAAUAGAUCAAAUGAGUCAGAUACCACAAUUGAAUUAUAUGAGUUAGAUGGAUAUGAAAAUGAUUAA